CGCCAGGAAAGAAGAACGUCAUCUGUUCGAGUCGAGGCCCCAUGUUGGAGUACCUAUGUCUUACUGGGAAGACCCGAGUCAAGCCCUGAGUCUGAAAGCACCAGAAAAGGGGAACCUUUGGCCGUUGGACGGUGCGACCUGCGGGAUUUUCCGGGAGCCGACGCUUCCGCCUAGACCCUGAAAUGGAACUCCCCACCGAUUUCGCUGGGUCAACCGCGCUAGUCCCGAAACAGAGCCCAGAAUCGACACUUUUAUUUUUUUAACCGCAACGACACAUCCCGAACAUCGACUCUCCAUAUUCCUUAGAACUACUAUUCUUCAACCUCAUCUGAUCUUCUGCUGAGCAGCCACUACAUCUCAAUCCCCCCGUCACGUUCAUUACGGUCUCCUCCUCCAGAUCCUUCACAAUGUUCAUGGCCUCAAGAAUCCAGCGCCGUGCCUUCUCGGCUUCGGCAAGAAACCUUUCCAGGGUCACCGUCCUCGGCGCUGCUGGCGGCAUUGGCCAGCCUCUCUCACUUCUCCUCAAGCUCAACCCCAGAGUAACCGAGCUCGCUCUGUACGAUAUCCGUGGGGGUCCCGGUGUCGCCGCCGACAUCUCCCACGUCAACACCAACUCGACAGUCAAAGGCUACGACCCGACCCCCAGCGGCCUCGCCGCGGCACUCAAGGGCUCUGAGAUCGUCCUCAUCCCGGCCGGCGUGCCGCGCAAGCCGGGCAUGACCCGCGACGACCUGUUCAACACCAACGCCUCCAUCGUCCGCGACCUGGCCAAGGCCUGCGCCGAGAGCGCCCCCGACGCCAAGAUCCUCGUCAUCUCCAACCCGGUCAACUCGACCGUGCCCAUCGUGGCCGAGGUCUUCAAGGCCCGCGGCGUCUACAACCCCAAGCGCCUGUUCGGCGUCACCACCCUCGAUGUCGUGCGCGCCUCGCGCUUCGUCUCCGAGAUCAAGAGCACCGACCCGCGCGACGAGAACAUCACCGUCAUCGGCGGCCACAGCGGCGUGACCAUCGUCCCGCUCUUCAGCCAGUCCAAGCACCCCGAGCUGUCCUCCAACGCCGACCUCGUCCACCGCGUCCAGUUCGGCGGCGACGAGGUCGUCAAGGCCAAGGACGGCGCCGGCUCCGCCACCCUGUCCAUGGCCAUGGCUGGCGCCCGCAUGGCCGAGUCGCUCCUCCGCGCCAGCCAGGGCGAGAAGGGCGUCAUCGAGCCCACCUUUGUCGACUCCCCGCUCUACCGCGACCAGGGCAUCCCCUUCUUCAGCUCCCGCGUCGAGCUCGGCCCCAACGGCGUCGAGAAGAUCCACCCCGUCGGCCCCCUCGACGCCGCUGAGGAGAAGAUGCUUGAGGCCUGCCUCGUCGACCUCAAGAAGAACAUUGACAAGGGCGUUGACUUUGUCGCCCAGAAUCCCGGCAAAUAAGCGCCUACGCUUGAAAUGAUGCGGGGUUGGGGCCCGGUUUAUAGAUGAAUCGGAUCGGAGAGUGGUAGGAUAGGGGGUUAGAUGGGGGGGAGUACAUAUAGCAGGGGAGAGGAACCCCCCCCUGCAAGGCGUAUGUGUGUGUGUGUGUGUGUGCGUGUGCGUGGCGGGGAAGCGGGAUACAGCUUGGAACUGCUGCUUCUGCUAGAGCCCGUCCCUCCGGUCUUUCCUGCUCCCAAGGAUGCGCUUGGGUAGAGGGGAGAGGAAAAAACGGUUUCAUUGCCGGGAAAUCCAGUGAAAACUGCGCUCUAGCUGUAUCAUAGCAUCUCGACCUUCAUCCUGUGUAUUCAAUUCCUGACCAUUCACGACAACCUAAGUCUCUCGAUCUAUAUGUGGUGAUUAGAUUCCUC